CAUCAACAUGGCUUCAGUGCGUGCGUCAAAAGUACAGUUCUAGUUACACAUCGUAUCAACAUCGCUGCUCACUGCUCACUGCAUCUGUCAUGAACGCUGAGACCAUCAGCGGCUCUAUCUAGACACUAUCAACAUCAACGCCACUGCGUAUAAAUACAUGGCUAUCAACAACACAUGGUCAGCGCUCUCCAUCUUCACUCACGCCUCUGCAUCAAGCUGAACAACGGCGUGAUGUAUCUGCCUGCACACAACAUUCCGCACACGGUCGAGGUCCUUGGCGAGAACUCGCAGACGUGACGGAUGGCCGACUCUCGACAAGGCCACGUACAGCUGCCCAUGUGAGAAGCACUCCAGCGUGACAUCAAGGCCCACGCGUUCGAAUGUCUGCCCCUGCGCCUUGUUGAUUGUCAGUGCAAAGGCGGGCCUGAGAGGGAACUGCUGUCGCUGAAAGACGAAGGGGCUGUUCUCCUUCUUGCUGUCGAGCAUGAUGCGGGGGAUGAAGGCGAUCUCGCCUGUCCUGGGGCCGGUGAGGAUCUCCGUCUUGAUCACAUGUUGCCUGGCGUCGAUCACCUUCAGCCGCGUGCCGUUGCUGAGGCCCGCGCCCAAGUUAAGGUUGCGCAGCAGCAUCACUGGCAUCUGCUCCUUGAGCACGAGCCGGUGGGGGGGGAAGUCGGGAGGAUUGAUGCUGUUGAGCACCUCAAGAGGGCACGAAGUAUCCGCAUACUCGGGGUCGAGCGAGUCGCGGCUGUAUCGGGUGAUGGCCGUCCCGGGAAAGAGUCGGAUAGCAAUGUCGUUGGCCUCAUCCACUUGCACGUUGCGUGGCGCCAGCACGGCCCUGGUGACAAAGUCGGUGGGCCCAUCAAAGUUGUCGUACACUUCACGAACCAGGCCCUCGAGUGACGUUGCAGUCGCGCGUGCCGUGACAGGGAUGGACACCUCGUCGGCACAUGCCCCUCUCCCAUGACCGACGUCGAGCAAGAAUUGUGCCCAUUCCACAAACUCAGCUGUGUCCUGGCCAGCCAACAUGAGUCGACGGAUGCGUUCGUUGACGUUCAGCUGAUAGCGGCGGACGUGGUUGUUCCAGAAGUUCAGCGUCUGCACAGAUGCUGCAAAAGCGUCAUCGUCGCUACCAUGAGGCACAACCGGCAGACACUGCUUGAAGUCACCACUGAAAACAACCACUUUCCCACCGAAAGGCACCUGUGAUACGGUAGACCACAAGAAGAAUGCUGGGGUGUGUGUGUGUGUAUGUAGGUGUGGAUGUCUGGGUGUCUCUUAGCUUGCGUCCUUCUGGUUCAUCAGGUCUCUCAAAAACUUGUCCACCGUGUUCACCACAUACUUGUGCGCCUGCGUGAUUUCGUCCCAGACGAUCACAGCAGCCUCCUUGAUGACCUGCGCUCGAGCAGACUCCUUGACGAUGUCCGAGAUCGACUUCUGCUCGGCCGGCACAGGAACUCCAAAGCGCGAGUGUGCCGUAGUGCCGCCCUCUAGAAGCAGCGCAGCCACGCCCGUCGUCGCACAUGCGAUGGCAACCUUGCUCUCCUCCCGCACAGCAGCGAUGACAGUUUCGAGCAGAAAGGUCUUGCCACCGCCACCCUCGCUAUCGAUGAAGAAGACUUUCGAUCGCGAUUCGUCGGCUGCAGUGGCUGUGGUAAUUGGCAGGGCCUCGGCGAUGAUUGCAUCAUAAACAGCUCGCUGUGCUUCAUUCAU